AUGAAGUUCCAAGUACUCCUGGUUCUCGCCUGCCUUUGCCUUGUCAAUGCUGACGACCAGCGUUACUGCGGCAGGCACUUAUCUCAGACGCUGAGGGACCUCUGCCCUUACAUAUCUUCUGGGAUGGUGAAACGCUCACCUCAAUAUGGCUUCCAGACGUCCAGAAAUACCUUGGAGCCGUGGAAACCAGAUUUCUGGCCCUGGCUGGUGCAAGCUCCUCAAGUGCUGCAUGGAAGCAGGCGCAAGCGGCAGGUGGUUUCCGAAUGCUGUGAUAAAUCUUGCUCCGUGGACGAGCUGCUGACGUACUGUCCUUGAGAUUUUUGAAAAUAAUCUAGGAGUUCCAGUAGUACAAAAUAGUGAAGUUCUAAUGGAUUAUUUAUAUUUGUU